GCUAGGAAGGACAGAGCAAAUGGAUGUCGAAUGCGGUGCGAAUUCUGCAUAACAAUAAGAAUAAAUCGAGAACGAGCGCUAGCGCUCACUGAUACGCCUCUAGCCAAAUAUUGAAGGAAGGAAGGAAGGAAGGAAGGAAGGACGAGCGCUAGCGCGUCUUUACAAAGUCGGGUGGCGCGCGAAACUGCUUGGUGUGUGCCAAACAAACGUGAGCCACUCUUGUUUGGCGACACUGCCGCAAGUCACAAAAUAUGAGACGCGAGGAAAGCUAGUUGUGUUUAGAAGAAAAACGUAAUUUCCUACGGCAAGAUAGAUUUCGUGAACAUAUCGUUUUACGUGUAAUUUGUGAUACGGUUGAAAAUUGUUCGCACGUUUUCUCGUUCGAGGCAAUUUCGGCAAAUUCUGUUGAUCGAGUGUAUCGGACAUAUUCAUUUCGGGUGUGAAAAUUUUUGUAAGACUGAGAGGAAAAUCGCGCGGCAUCGUAAGUGAGACGAAUCAAAGGGAAGAAUUGCAUAGGCGGGAAGACAUGAACGGUAAUCGGUAAUUGUCGUGUGGAAAAGGGAAGAAAAAGGGUAAAAGAUAAGACGUGACGAGAUGGCCACGAAUAUUUCUACGAUUUUUUCGAGAAUGCUGAAGACAUUGCGGGAAAACAGCAAUAGUGUCAAAGAAAAGCGCGAAGCUUUAACCUAUAUUUCCAGUCAAGCUAAGAAAUUAAGAUCAAGUGGUAUUAUUAAAGAAGAACGAUAUAAGGAACUAUGCAAAUUGGUUAUAGAAGCAUUUACAAAAGAAGAAGGAAGUUUGCAGUACGAGGCAUUAGGAGCACUCACUGCUAUUGUGCAAGAAUUUCAAGCACAUUCCUUACAUCUUUUUGAGUCAAUGUUACAGACAGAUAAAAGGACAAGAUUGAAAAUACUUAAACUAUUGGAGGUAAUGGAAGACAAUGCUAUUUCUGCAGCUGCCAAUGAUGGACAGGCUUUAAAUUUUUUUAAGGAUUGUUUGGCUAGUGUAGAGCCUACUUCAAUGGAGUGGAUAAUAUCAACAGCAUGUAUAGACAACUUGCAGAUGUUAACUAAAGUUGAACAUCAUGUAUUGUCGGAUGAACAAAAAUUAGAAGAGGAUACAGUUACUUAUUCACUUAUUCUUUUGAGAAGAUUGUAUAGACUGGCUGCUGUAACAUUUGAUCAAAACAUAGAAAGGUUUGACACAUUGUUGAUGACUAAGAUUGUAACAUUGGCCUAUAUGGGACACAAACGUCAGCGUGGUUCUGCUCUAAAAGUUUUGCAGCAAGCUAUUGCGUCUAAUUCACCAAGUCGCAUUCAUAAAAAUCACCCCGAAUUGUGGGCUCAGUAUAAAUCAAAUUUGCAAUCUGCAUAUUGUAAACGUAUGUUGCUUUUGGUAGAAGCUUGUGAAACAGAUUGGAGCAAUCAAUGGAACAUCACUAUCCAGCUUCUUGGUACAGAUCUUCAUCGUGGUGCUAAUCUUAUAAAUAAUUUACUGAGUGUUGAAGAAAAGGCCUUCAAAUCUACUGAUGCCAUUGUACGCAGACAAGCUUUCCUUUCGUGGAAAUUGUUGAUUGACAACUUUGCUUUAGACCAUCAAGAACUUGCUACUGCCAGAAGAAUAAAGUUACUUUGUAUUCCAUUAAAUGCUAAGAACAGUAAAACGGAAUUAAUUGCGUUGACAAAGUUAGAAGUUUGGUGGCACUUAAUUAUCAAAUUGCAUAAAGAUAUCGCGCAAUUUGUUAAUCCCGUUAUCACACAAUUUCUAAACUUCUGUUUUGGACCACUUGGAGAUACACCAUUACUUUCUUCCAACUUUGAUGUUGUUGCUUCUCCAGGCAAAAGAUUUUUGAAGACAAAAUUGGUUGCUGUAGAUGCGUUGUAUCAGUUGGUUGUUUCAAAGGAAGAAAAAUCUCUAGUUUAUGCUCCAAUGUUAGAAGAAAGACUUCUACAUCCUAUAUCUCAUACAAUCUUUCAAGAAUGUUCUAAAAACAUUACCUACAGUAUAGGAGAGGCAUUACUCAUUCUUGGACAACUUGUUGAUCAAGAAAUGAGAAAUCGUUAUCAGUUUGCAAAAAUAUUAUGGACAAGUUUGAUCGCAUAUAUUAGAGAUAUCAAACUUGAACAAAAGGACCAUCUAUAUAGAGAUGUGAUACUACUUGUAAUUGAAUUGGGAAACCAUUUUGAUAAGCCCAUGGUGAAAAAUAUAAUUUUUAAUGUAAUUUUGCCAGAUUUUAUUCAAAUCAUUAAGACUACUGAGUUUCUUGAUAAUGUGUUACCAGAAUUGGUAUUGAAAUUGUUAUCACUUCCAGUACUUUGCGAAGUGCCAGAGAAUUUCAACUGUAAAGAGAUUGAGUGCCUUCUUCAGAAGUGUAUUAGCUCAGAGAUUACAUGUUCUCGGAGUAUGCUUGGGUUUCUGCAGAUAAUAAUGUCAAAUCUAAAGUCAGCAAGUGAUAUACAUAAAAAUAUGAUAUUUUAUUUAGAAUUGUGGGCUGUAAUAGCGAAGAUAUCGACAAAAUAUAUAACAAAUUCUAAGAAGAUCGAUGAGGGUGAUAAAAAUGGACAUAACUUUAAAACUGUGAAAUCAAUUUUGUCAUUUCCAUUUCAAUAUACAACUUUGGAAAAUUCCCAACAGAUGCAAGAUGAAGCAAAAAUAUGGAAAACUUUGUAUAAAGAAUUUGAGAUACAGGCAAGUUCGAUAAGUACAGUGAAACCAAAUGAGAUUUUACUGGAUAUUGCAAGUAUGAUGAAGACUUAUUUAAACAUAAACAAUUGUUCUUUUAUUGUAAUUUGUUUGGACGCCUUAUCAAAUACUAUUGAUUAUGAGUACUUGUCGGCACAAAAUGGUAUUCCAUCUAUCAUGCAAUUAAUAGUAGAUGUAGCAACAAUUGCUCUUAACAAUCUACAAAGCUUUAACUGCGAAGUAGUUCUGAAAAUAUUGUCAGCUAUGCUUAUUACUAUAUAUGGACACAAUACACAAAGAAUAGUUCCAUAUCUACAUACUUGUAAAUCAGUAAUUGAACUUACCCUUAAAUCGCAGUUGAAGACACUCUCUAAAGAAGUUGUAAGCAUUUGGGAAAUUAUAAUUAGCAUUUUUAAAGGACUCGACAAACAAUUACAUCGAGAGCUUUUCUCGUUGUAUAAAGAAACAUUUUUAAUAGCCAUGCAUCAUCCUAAUUCAAACAUACAAUCUUUGACACGGUCUGUUUUUGAAAUUAAAGAUGGCUUAGACAAUACUACUAAGUGUAUGUUAGAUGAAAUGGAAACGGUAGAAAAAUUGCCAUCUCAUUCGAUAUGUGAUAGUGUUGUAAAGAAAAAAGAAGAAACAGGAAAAGCAAAAGAAAUACGCAUAAUUGGCAGUUUCUUAAAUAGAAAACCGGUUAAUACGAAGUCAGUAUCUAAUAAGCCACUAGAAAGGGAUGAAAAGAAAACGCUUAUACUACCUGAAUCUGAUUCGCAAGAUUAUGUAUAUAUAAAAACAGAUUUGAAAUUUGAUAUUAAUCGUUUGACGGAGCAUCAAAAAGAGACUUUAAAGAAGAAAAGGGAAGAUAUACCAGCAUUAUACAAUGAUCUGUCUCAAUCGUCCUCGCAAAACUCGCAAAAUUUGCAAGAAUGGUUCGAUAUGAAGACUAAACAUAUUAACGAAUCGGAUAAAGCCAAUAAUAAGAAGAACGACUUUAUAAUACAGAAGCCCAUUAAUAGUGAUGCUAACAAGGAAAAUAAGAUUACCGUUAUACAAAGUGAACUUAAUGUAAUGGACAAAAUGAUUAGUAUUAACAAUAGUAGCAGAUUAGAUGGAAAUGUCGAAGAUAACAUCGUUGAUACAAAGCAAAAGAAAGACUCGACAAAAGAAGCUGAAAGGAAAGAUUCUGGUUCACACGAUGAAAAUACACCUAAACAAAUCGACUUGUCUUCACCAUUGUUCACUGGAUUUACACUAGAAAGAGACGAAGACACGAAUGUCGCAUAUUCAACAGUAUCUGUCGCGAAAAAAUUAAAUUUUGAAUCUAAGGAAGAAUUUCCUGAAGAUAAAACACACGAACGGCAAUCGUCACCGUCAAUGUUCGAUAGUGCUAAACGACGACAUCGUAAUGACAAAAUCGGCUCGACAAGAUCGAAUUUGACGUUAAAAAAUGACGAAGCUGAUGAAAGCCAAAAGGAUUCGAAUAUAACAAAUAUUACACAAAAAACAUCGAGAACAAAACAUAAUUUAGCAAAACCUGGUACUAGCGGUUCUGAGAAGCCGUGCGAUGAUAUUAAUAUUAAGGAAAAUUCUAAUGAAAAUAAGAAAGGCAUUAAACGCAAGUAUGUGUCGGAUACUGAAUCAGAUGGAGUUUUGCAGCAACGUCGCAAGCGAAAAAUGAUUCCAUUUUCUAAAGACGUUAAUGACGAUAAAGAUAAGUCACAAGAUAGUGACAACAUAUCGUUAGAUACAAUAGACAUGGAUGGAUUGAGUCAACGUAUGAAAAAUGAAAUGUCUCGUUUAAAAAUUGACAUGGUAUUUGAUUGUUCUGCAGUAAAUCGUCGUCGAGCCAAACAAUCAGAUGAAGGAGAUAAAGAAACAACAACAACGUUAAAAAAAACUUGGACACUUGAUGAGAAAAACUUGAAAAUAAAAUUCUUGGAAGCAAGAUCCGCAGAAACUUAUAAGAAAUCUGUACAAACGACGGGGAAGAAUACAAAGGAUACAAAGGAUGGAAAGGAAGGGAAUGACAUAAAUCAACCUAAGAGACGAGGUAGGAGAAGUACUAAACAAGAAUCUGAUAAGAAUGAUUCUGACGUAAUUAAAGAAGCUAAAAAAUCCAAUGAUACUAUUGAUAAAGUACUUUCAUUGAAGAACUCGUCGGACAUAGAUAUAACACGUGUGGUUCCAACGACUAGCCAAGUAGUUACCGAUGUUACACAAGAUGUUACUAAUAAAAUACAGUAUGAAAAACUUGAUAAAGAUGAUUCCAAAUCUAUUUCCAACAAAAACGAAGAAUCAAUUUUCUCCAAGGUUCGUGAAUUGAUCGAGACGAGUCAAGAUGAAAUAGAAGAUGUUAUUGAAAGUUCACAAAUUCCUAACGUCAGUAUAAAAUUAGAUAAGAAAUAUAGUGAGAAACAGUGUUUCAUAAAAAUUAAUAAAAUAAUGAAUAUUCAUCCUGCUAAAACUUGCGAUGAGAUUAUUGAGAAAAAUUAUGUACCUGAAUCUAUCUCUGUAGAUUGUGGUGAUAAUGAUGUGCCUGACACGUGUGAGCAACCAAAUGAAGCUAAUACCUAUAAUAAUAAGGAUACAAGCGACAUAGGAAACAAAGAUAGUAUGAGUAAAGACAUGAUUCAUGAAACUGACAAUUCCAACAUGAAAGUUAUAGUUGCGGAAGGUCAGAAGGCAGUCGAUAGUUCGCCGUCAAUUAAGUCUACAAAUGUAAUAAGUUUUUCCUCACCAAAAAGCAGUGGCAAGGUAUAUUCCAAGAUUAAAUCCUUCACGGCUCAUGGACGCGCUGCUCACAUGUUAGGCUUAGUCACGAAGCAAUCGCGAAUCGAAGUUGAUAAUCCAACUGUCGAGGAUGACUCAUCGAUCAAGAAAUCAAGGAUCAAAGAUGUGGAAACUGAGAUGUUAACGAGUAAAAAGGUCUCCAUGGUUAAAGAGAUAGAUAAAAUAGGUGGGCCUUCUGGCAGUCGGCAAGAAAAGAUUUUUAAUAACAUGAGAUCGAGUGACUAUUGCACUUCUCCGUCGACGCACAUGUUUACUAACUUGAAGAACGAUGGCGAAAAAUUAUCGUCUAAAGUAGACAAAAGUACAUCAGAUUCUGUAUCGAUUGAUAGUUCGGUCGAUAAAGAAAACGAAGAGAAUACGUCGCUUUUGUGUGAAAAGAACGACCUACCAAUAUUGGAGUGGUCAAGCGCCAAUCCACCUUCAUUAACCGCAUCACCGAGUGCUAGCAUUCUGAAACGUCAACGAUCGACUAUAUCAGAACCAGAUCCAGAUUCUAUAACUCCUAAUAAGAGAAAACGAGUGAGUUUUGCGGAUCCACCAGUAUCAAGAGAAAUGGGCUAUGAAAUCUCUACGACGGAAUCUCCGAAUAAAUCCACUAAAUUUUCUACAGCACGCAGUCUCACGCUGAAGAAAGACUCUCCGCUUAAAUCUAAACAAUUUAAACUUAAGACCGUAUUAACUGAUGCGGAAAAAUCAUCAACUGAAAAUAAUACUCCGAGUGAAAGUAGCGCUGAAGUUGCUUUGCGAGCUGAGAAAGCGAACGAGUCGCUAAUAAAAAUGUCUGAAAAUACAGAUUCUGCAAGUACUGAUGAACAAACAUUUGGCAAUUCUUUGAAAAAGAACAAUGUCGUUGAAUUGGAUGUCGACGAGGAGGAAGUUGAGCAGGAAGUUGAAAUAACUGUAGAUGUAUUAUCUAUUUGUGUCCCAGAAACUCUAAAUCAAGAUCAACAGAUUUUACCUGAGCAAAGUACUGUGCCAAUGAACUGCAUUGAAACAGAAGAUACUGAAACACAGCAAGAUAUCUUUGAUGGAUCGGACACGAAGAAUAACAGCUCAGUGAUCCAGACAAGUAACGACGAUGCAAACACGUCCAAUCGAGACAAUUCGGUAGAUUCUAUUAAAUUAAAUGUAACCAAUGAUUCUGUGAUAGAUGCUUUACCUACCAAAGAGGAUAAUCUGGAUGAUACUGUGGAUAUCCAGAAUGUAAUCGGAUUGGAUUCUACUGUGAACACGGACGAAAUAUUCUGCGGAAAAUUGUUACGCAGUAGCACAUCCGCGAACGCGAAAAACGUGGCAGAACAAGAUACUUUGCCAGUGACGGAUUCCAUAUUCGCGAGUUUGCCAUCGAGUCAGGACAGCCGAUGCGAGAAUCAAAACAAUGUGGAACUUGACCCUGGAUUUCUGGAUUCCAUUCAGCCUAUCUAUCCGACAUUGUCAUCAUGUCGAGAACCUCUUGAUGUUAUUGUUGAACAAUUGAUUACUCCUCUUUGGAAGCAUAAUUUACAGUCGUAUUUUACGGAUAGAAAUCUGUUCACAGUUGGUGAUCUCGCUCAGUUAUCGGAGCGCGAAAUUAACAGAAUGCCUCUGAAGAAUAAACCAAAGAUUGAAUUUGUCAGGAAAGUAUUACGAUCUUAUGAGAGCACGUAUGGGGUUGUAUGUCAUAAAGAGGACGUUCCCACAGUUGCGUCUACGUCUGCACUUGUGUGUACGUCACCUGCGAAAUCGUUCAACAAACCGGAACAAUUACUUACAACCACGACAUCGGAUCAAGCAUAUCGUUCGAAGUGUCUCUUUGUAGCCAACAUUGUCGACGUAGCAGCUGUGCCACUCAACAAUGAAUCUUUAAGCUGUAGCACACCACUUGCGCGAUCUGCUGAAAAGUUGCACAACAAUUCGUCGACAGAGAAAUCACUCACCGAACACUUGGAUAGGACUAGCCCUAUGAAUAGCGAUGUUUGUUCUGAAAACAUUUCAUCGGUAUGCAGCAGUUCUGAUUUGUCAGCGUUAGACGCUUCUGCAGUAAAUAAAAAGCCAAACCCGAAAGUACUAAUUGUUACUCACAGCUCACCUGGGAAAUCCACCAACUAUGGUACUUUAACAAUGCUACCAAUUGCGACCUCGUCGAUCUCCAAAAAUCUUGCAACAAAAACAUCUUCUUCAAGUGACAAUAUAAAUGUGUCAUCAAUUAUAUGUGACGAACCUCUCAUCACUCAUUCGUCCAUUGGUGUUGGCACCGAUCAUACCUCAGAACCGGCAGUGCGUAAAACUACGAGGUCCGUUGAAUCCCAAAUGGAUCUCGAGGAUUUGCUGGAUGAAAUUGACGUGAAUGUUGUAUUGGAGAGCGCAGUUAGAAGAUGUAAUCCUGAAACUAUCCUAUCGCAGUAUAAGAUGAAGAUGAGACACUUGUCAGAGCAAGACCUAGUGAAGGAAACUGUCAGAAUGCUUGGUUUGCAAAAUAAACGCCAGGUUAAUGAUGCGUUGUUAAAAACGAUUUGUCAGGCUUACGGCAUCAACCAUGUUUUGCUUAGACUGCCUGACUGUUUCAAUUCGGAACAACAUUUCUUCGAGAAAGUAUUCAAAGCGUAUCAUAAGAAACUCAACCUCACUAAGUGUUUGGACGUUUUCGAUCCUGUUCAGUUGAAAAACGCGAUCUACCAAAAUAGCACGUCGACUGAGCUCGUUGAAAUGUUAUCUGACAAACUGAAGCAAGAGGAACAAGAAGGUAUCAGAAAACCUAUACCAGAAGUAUGGAGUUUAAACGCUAUGUUAAAGAGAUUACCUAUGGAUGUGAUUAUUAGCCAUACUGUAGCGAAUGAGGAGGUUAUCCCGGCGUCAGUAGUUUUGGACAUAGCCUUGCAGAAUAAUAGUUCGGAAGAUAUAGCGCGAGCGUUAAGUCAAUCCCCUACCAGGGUGAAAUGUGUCUUGGACCAACUUUGCUCGGCUCAGACUAGCGCUUCGCGUAUCGAGAAUGAAGAUUUAUCCAAAGAGUGCUUGCUUGACAUUUUCAAGCACGUUUGUUCUAAGCUGACUACGCAAGAAUUGCUGGACGUGUACCAUGAAGCUAUGACGAGCAAACUCAACGUAAAAACAGGAUAAUUAGAUUCGCAAAAGACGAAAAUCGCGUUAGCGGUUUUAAACUCAAUAUCACAGUUUCAAUAUGACUGAUAGCAUUGAUGUAUUUCAUACUCAGAAACCGCUUUAUUUGUCGUCAUAAUGCACAUCAUUUAACGUAUUCACGAAUUUCUCUCACAUUGCGUAAUUGAUUCUCUGUUAUCUAUAACCUUAUUUAAUUGUUACCACUAAACUACUGAAAUUUAGAUUACAUUGAGAGAUUUUACUUUCAAAUAUUCAUUAAAUUAAUUAGAUGAGACAUACUUAUAUAUAUAUCCUCAUUUGCAAUAAUCAUAAAACAUUUGUCAUGUGAACGUUUUAUAUUGUAUUAAGCAAAAUAAUUAUUUUAUAAUUGCCUGCAGCAUGAUGUAGUACAACUUAUGUAUAUAUUUAAAUAUCGUGAAAAGUUCUCUCUACUAUUUGGUUACAAAUUUAUAUAAAGUAUGAUAAAGUGGAUACACACAAAAAGGAAAAAUUUAGUUGAAAUUCAGUUUUUUCUUAAAAUUGCAAUUUAGAAAUGUUGUGACUUUGAUCCUAACGAUUACGUAAUGCUUAUUUUUUGUACAUCCAAUAUUAAAGCGGUAUUAAAAACUUUUUGUGUGUGCAAGUUUAUAACUGUUUGUUUGUUGGCCACAUUUAUUAUGUGAAUUUAGUAAUGUUGCGCGACUAAGUUAUGCAUAGUGUAUUUAUACUACGUUGUUCCUGUACAAACAUAGCGAUUGCCUCUUUUAUAAAUCAGCAUCUCAUGAGAUCAAAUGAUCAUCAGUAAUUAUUUAUUUCUUUAAACACAAAUUUUUCUUUAUGUGCUGAAUCUGUUACCUUGUUGUGUAUAACAUCUUCCGAGGUUUAAUAUCAUCGUUGUGUUGCAUUAAUCAAACUAAUUCACGUUUGUCUAACGUUUUAGCAUUAGAUAGAUUCCUAAAAAAUUACGCGUUUAGCAUGCGACUGCUGAUUGAAUAAAUUGAAUAAAUUUUUAUGUAAAAAGGUCUCAGUUCUAUAAAAUAUAAUCUUUCUUGAAUCAAUGUGUCGAUACACUUACAUAUUUAAACAUUUCAAGAUACUAAACAACAUAAGGAAAUCAUUUUUAAAUGUAAGUCAUAUAUCAUUGUAAAUAUACAUGUAUGUAUAUCAUUCAAAUUGAUGGAUUAUCAAUAUAUUCACUAAUUAGUAUGUUCUUUUUA